AUGAUUAUUCAACAAAACACUUCUCGACCAAAAGGUUUUAUGGUAUGGGGAGGUGUAUCAAGUCAAGGAAAAACCACACUUCGAUUUGUUGCACCUGGUACCAAAGUUAAUUCAAACUAUUACAUUAACAAAGUUUUAAAGGCAUUUUUAGCACAAGAUGUUCCACGUUUAUUUCCAAAAAGACGAAAAGUGAAAUGGUUUUUUCAUCAAGAUUCGGCACCAAGUCAUACUGCCAAAGAAACAAUUAGAUUUUUGGACCAAAAUAAGAUUCAUUAUAUAACACCACAAGAAUGGAUGCCUGCUAGUCCUGAUGCUGCACCAAUGGAUUAUUCAAUAUGGGAAUAUUUGAAACAACACCUCAAUAAAACACAUAUUGAUUCUCUUGAUGAACUUAAAAAAAAGCUUUUGUGUGAGUGGCGAAAGAUGAGUCAGACGUAUAUCGAUAAAAUAUUAGCUUGCUGGCCAAGAUGAGUUUUAAUGAUAUAUAAAGCUCGAGGCUCUCAUAUCGAACAUCGUUUAUAAUUGUCCUUUUUUUUUGUUUAUAUAUAUAAAAAGUAAAACUAUUAAAAAUCAUGACAACAACCCUAAAAAAUUUUUUUUCAUACUUGUUUUAGAUUCAUCAAAAUUUUGGGCUAGAGCCAGAGAAACUAAGAAGCAAAUUAUAGGAUUUGAUAGAAGAGCUGAUGGUCUAUCCAACUGUGUUUAAAUAAAAAAAUUUCGAUGUAUUGCAUGAAUACAGCAAACGACACAAAACUAUUAAAAAUAACGUAAUCAACCUGUAUAUAUAUAAUCUCUCUAGAUGUAAAUGUAUAUGGAAAAGAGAAGGAUCGUCCAUCUAUAGUAGAUGGCGACCGUAGCAAGACAUUUAGUUUGUUUUUAUUAUUAGACUGUUAUUUCAAGUUUAUUGACGUUACAGCACAAGGUUGAUUCAUUUUGGAUUAUUUUCCCACUCUCAUUAUCGGAUGGUGCAGAAUAUUUGUUUUUUUUUUGAGGGGAAGAGGGAGGAGGCGAUGGAAGUAUUAUUUCUAGCGAAGAACGUUCGACAAAUAUAAGCAACACCUGUAGAGAAAGUGAUUGUCCUUAAAAAAUUUUAAUUUGUGAUUGAAGUCUCAGAAAUCAUUGAGAAUUAUUCGAAACUUAUGAAUCUAAAAUCUAUAUUCUUGUCAAUGUAUUUAUGAAAAGUGACGAACUCAACAAGUGACACUAUUCCGUGUAUUUGAUGAAAACAAAUCACUAUUUCAAGAGAAUAUAGCCUAUUUGUCCAUGCUGUAUAUUGCAGAAUCGAUUCCGAGCCCGAAAUCAGUUCCAUCAGAUUCCGGAAUUUCUAAUCCUUGAACUAACUUGCCUUCUUCAAAAAC